AUGUUUCGUGUUGUGGCUAUUUUUAUUUUAUUCAUAUAUGUUAACGGUGCAUCAAUUCCACCGGAAUCUCAAGCCGAAACUGUGGCAUAUCAAAAUACAAACGAUGGUACCGGGAACUAUUUCUUCAGUUAUCUAACAUCUAAUGGCAUAACAAGACAAGAAAGUGGGCAUCUUGUUAAUGCAGGACAACCUGACGAGCACGUCGACGUGGAAGGUUUUUAUUCUUACACAGAUUCUGAUGGAGUUUUACAGAACAUAUAUUAUACUGCAGAUGCCAAUGGAUAUGCUAUUCGAACAAAGCCAUCUUAUGUAAAUUCAGACAACUUUUUCAGUACCUCCAAAUGUCGUCGCAUCAUUGCUUGGAAAAUGAUAGAUGCAACGCAUCAGAAAGGUUCAAAAAUGCCCAGAAACACUAAAGUUUUGGUGAUCGUCAAAACCUCUGAACCAUUAAAGAAGUUUGCUAUUUGA